AAACUACGUCCUUGAAAGAAGCCGUCGUUUCUUAUUCCAGGCUGUUACCAGUAGAUAACAGACUUCUAAACUUACAGAUCUACAAACUUCUUCAGUGCGUUCAUGAGAAAGACAAGAAGCAAAUAAAAAAGCUGAUCCAGCAUGGAUUCCGAAAUCUCAUUAAUUUCACAGACCCCGUAGAAGGCUAUAGUGCCCUUCAUUUGGCCUCCAUUAAAAAUGACACCGACAUGUGCAGCUUCUUGCUGGAACAGGGAGCUGAUCCAGAUGUCCAGGACAAAAUGGGACGCACUCCAGCAAUGAAGGCAGCUGAGCUAGGCCAUGAGGUAGUUUUGGAUUUAUUGAUAAAAGCUAAAGCAGACAUGACUGCGGUAGAUAAUGAAGGAAAAGGCAUCUUGUUUUACUGCAUUUUACCUACAAGACGGCACAACGUCUGCAUGCAAAUGGCCUUGAAAUAUGGUGCAGAUGUUAACAACUGUACCACUGAGGGGAAACCUUUAUUAGUAGAAGCCUGUGAGCGAGCUCAUGAUAUUAAAGAAACGUGUCUGAAUUUCUUGGAAAGAGGAGCCAAUCCCAGUGCAAGAAACCCAGCUACAGGUCGCACAGCCUUAAUGGAAGCCGCGAGAGAAGGCAUUCUCGAGCUGGUGCGCGCUCUCCUGGAGAGAGGAGCCGAUGUUAACCUCGUUGACCUCGAAGGACAGAGUCCUGCACAUUUUGCAGCCAAAGGAGGGUUUUUUGAGAUUUUGAGGAUUAUUUCAGCUUAUAACGGAGACUUGGGCCUGAUUGAUAUGAAUGGUAACACACCACUUCAUUAUGCUGCAGAAGGAGGAUUUUUAAAUUGCUGCAAGUUUAUAGGACAAAGAGGCUGUGAUCCUACACAUAAAAACUUGUUAACAAAGACCCCAAGAGCAGUAGCCAAGGAAGGCGGCUUUAAAGCAGCAGCAGUAGCGUUGCGCAAAAUGGAAAAAGCCUUUAAAAGGCAGUCCAAGCCCGGGGCUAAGAAGGACGUCCCUCGCUGGGCACUGAGGCUGUACGACUGGUCCUUAGAGCACCAGGCUGCCCUCCGCAAGGCGUUUAUGGCCACCACCCAAGUUGAUGAGAUGGUAGCUGAAGAUGAUUUUAUCUCGAUUAUUCAGAAGCGCUGUGCCUUUGUGAACAUUGAACAAAUAAAAACUAUUGCUGAAAAGCACAGAGAAUCUCGGGAAUCUGAGGAAAUCAACAUUGAAGAUUUUUUUAAAGGCUCUAAAUACUUGAAGAAAGUCUUUCUUAUAACAUCCUUUGGAUCCAAGAAAAAGAAGGGGAAGACGGGGAAGAAACAAAGAGGCAAAAGAGGUGUCGCCGUCCCUGUGCCAAUUUGUGUGAUUCCAAAGAGCACACGUCCACAGAGGGAGGACGGCUUCCCUGUGUACAUGAUUGAGGCUGUUCAGAACAUUGCUGAGAGCUACCAUUGUAACCAAGACCACCCAUCUGCCCACCCCGUGCACGAUGACCGUGCCUGGUAUAUAGAUGAGCCAAGGAAAGUGUUCGUGAAUAUCAACUACCUCGUCAGAGCAGGAGACAUCCUGUCUCUACAGAAAGCAUUCGAGGAGGGCGUGCCAGUAGACAUAAAAGAUAAAUAUUACAAAACACCUUUGAUGGUUGCAUGUGCAAGUGGGAACAUAGAUGUUGUCCAGUAUCUUCUGGAAAAGGGGGCUGAUGUAAACAUGACAGACAAUUUCAUGUGGACUCCCCUCCAUCACGCUUGCUAUAACGGACACCUGGAUAUUGCUGAACUGCUGGUGAAGGCUGGAGCAGCCGUGGAUGCACCUGCAAUAGGCAAUGCGACCCCACUGAUGAGAGCCAUCGAGACCUCCAGACUGGAUAUAGUCUGGUUUUUAAUCAGCGUGGGGGCUGACAUCCAGAUGACAAACAGUAAUGGAAAGAAUGCCCUUGAUAUUGCUAAAGUGUUUGCAGAUUCUAGAAUAAUUGAUCUACUCCAAAAUAAACUGGAAGGCUUGUUAGAAGCAGCAGAAGAAAACAAAGCAGGAAAAGUUGUGAAGCCAAAGUCGCCUUCUACACUGGUACUUGUAGAGGCACAAGCUAUGGAAGAGAAGCCUUCACAGGUAUCUCUGUCAGUCUCAGAAGAACCCAUUCUCGAAAAGACAACACGUUCCUUUAGGGACAGUGUUAUUUAUCUGCACACUUUGAUAACCAGUGGUGCUACCAAGAAAGAGGACAUCGCAUUCAAACCCAGAAAAAUUUGGAGCCCUGAUGCUGCAAUAAAGGAGCUAGUAAGAAAGCAAGAAUUUCUUCGUGAGCGCUCUGCUCUUGAUGGACACUCAGAAAGCUCCAUGACCCCCUUUAACAGAGAAUUUACAGAAUAA